AUGCAACAUAAAGUACGUCAAAUGAAUCACGACAAUAUUAACCAAUUUAUUGGAGCUAUAUUGGAGCCAGAAGUGUACAUAGUGACGGCUUACUGUAAUAAAGGAAGCGCUCAGGAUAUCAUUGACAACGACAAUAUCAAGCUGGACAAGGACUUUGUUCUGUCGAUCGCUACUGAUAUCUGCAACGGUAUGAUAUACAUUCACAACAGCGCACUUAAGUCUCACGGACACCUAAAGAGUUCCAACUGCAUCGUAGAUAGCCGAUGGGUGGUGAAGGUCACGGAUUUCGGGCUCGGAAGCUUUCGUAAGAACGAAGAGAUGAGCGAUACGCCUGCAUAUCCUAACUACAGCGAGCUUCUAUGGACGGCGCCGGAGAUUCUGCGCAUGUUUAAGACUCCUAUGUACGGCACGCAGAAGGGAGAUGUCUACAGCUACGGUAUCAUACUGUCGGAGCUCGCUAACAGAUGCGAACCGUACGGCAUGAACCAGCAACCCGCCAACGGCAGCGCUCACCAGUUAGAUGCUGAGGGCAUCGUGCAUGCGGUGAAGACAGGCGUCGAGCCACUAACGCGACCGCUGGUUCCCAAGGAAGCUGCCAGCGCUCUCAUGCACAGUCUCAUGAAGGACUGUUGGGCCGAUGACCCCGAGUUCAGGCCUGGCUUCAACUACAUCAGAAAGAUGCUGAAGGAAAUCGCCGGCGGAAAGUCGAUAAAUCUAAUGGAUAAGAUGAUCAAAAUGAUGGAGCAGUAUGCAAAUAAUCUAGAGCAGCUAGUCGAGGCACGAACUAUGCAACUACAGGAAGAGAAGAAGAAAACAGACGAGCUGUUAGGAAGAAUGCUACCUAAGUCCGUGGCGGAAGAGUUGAUUCUGGGAAAUGUAAUCCAGCCUGAGACCUUCUCAGAGGUUACAAUUUUUUUCUCCGACAUUGUCGGAUUCACACGCAUCGCAUCCGAAAGCACCCCGAUGGAAAUCGUGGAUUUGCUGAACGAUCUAUACUCAAUGUUUGAUGACAUCAUUGAUGCCCAUGACGUCUACAAGGUAGAGACUAUCGGUGAUGCGUACAUGGUUGCGAGCGGUCUUCCGGAGCGCAAUGGUCACCGACAUGCAGCCGAGAUAGCAACAAUGGCGCUCAACGACAUGCACGCCAUCACGCGGUUCACGAUGCGUCACAGAUCCGACGAACACCUACAGCUGCGCAUCGGCAUACACUCAGGUUCAGUAGUCGCUGGUGUUGUGGGGCUCAAGAUGCCUCGAUAUUGUCUGUUGGGAUAAGUCAACAGAUGAGAAAUGGAAUCUAGUGGACUAACCCUCAGAAUUCAUCUCAACGAAUCAACGGCGCAGAUAUUAAACCAGAUAGGCGGAUUUCACCUUCAACUCCGAGGCACCAUUAAUGUCAAGGGUAAAGGUGACAUGACAACGUACUGGCUGACAGGCAUGGACGGGUUCAGCAAGUCACUUCCAGAUCUUCUCAACGCGGCGUCUCUCGACGAACACGAGUUCAAAUAGAGCUAUUGAAGAAGCAGUAUUUUGUAGCAUUAGUUAUGAAUACAUACUUAAAAAAAGUAUGAUCAUGAUGGGUGUUUACAUCGCGAACUACCUAUUAUGUAGCGUUGAAUGUCACAUGACAUGAAAGCUACGAGAUGAGUGUGAGAGGACGUCAAUCAUCAAUCGUAUAGGAAGAUGCCCGAAUGUGACAUGCUGUCGCUGCGUUACAAUAUCUAUAUCCACAUCUAUUUUCAAUACUGUAUAAUAAACAUGACACGAAGGCUCUACCUACGUCGCCACAAGAGUUGGAAGAUAAACUCUACUUUCGGUUUCGUAAAUAUGAAAAAUUCGUAAUCGCCAUAAGCAGUAAUCACAUUGAAAAAUAUGUAAUUAAAUAACAGACGGUUUACAUAAGUCUCGUGGAUCACGUGACACAGUCGGCAUGGUAACCGUUAACUGGCACGAACGUCGCGCCCAACGCUGUCAUCCGUAAAUAUAAAAUGAUUUAAUUUCGAGAUAAAUACAAAAUGUCUCCCCAAAGCGACAGUUUCUGCGGCCAGUUUAUGCUGUCUUUGUCAGGUAGCAGCGGUCGACCCUCUGCUUGAUAAUAACAGUGAUGAGCCGGAUAUGUCAGAGGAUAAUAUACCUGCUAGAGCAUUGCUCGAGUGGUCUCUCCUGUAUGCCAUUAGGUGCACUACUCAUUACACUACCAAUCACACUACUUAUUGAUCAGACACCGCCGGGGUCGUAUCCGCUGGGAAAGGCAACGACGUAACUGCAUGCCCAUUAGAUUAAUUGUAGCUAAGAAUAAAAUAAAAUCUGAAUACAUGCAAAUGCUAUAAUAUUACAGUAAAUUAUCAUAUAUUCACUCGUGAAACCCGCGUUCUAGACGCACCCCACAUCCGUGUGCACGUUGAUUAGGAGCUGCGCUCCUCCUCUCCUCUCUUCUCUCUCCGCGCCUCGGCUCGACAUAUUACUCAAUUACUCAUAUUC